AUGGCGCUGGAGGCAGCCGUUGCCUUGGCCACACGAUGGCACUGGUUUGCAGCUGCAGGCAUGACCACCUGCACUUGCCCUGCUGAUCCCCUUGAGCGUUUCGACCUUUUGAGCUUCAAGGAAUUCGGGAAGGGGGCGCCCAUCGCCAGGCGGACUUGGAGGGAACUGGGUCAACUGCUGGCAGCGAAGACAGGAGAGAGUGAGGCUGUUGAGACUGAGCAGCUCAUGCAGUCCUUGGCUGUCUCCCUACAGCGUGAGAAUGCUCGCGCGAUCCUGCGCCGACUGGGUCCACCCGAGCUGCCGGCGGAGCAGCUGGCCGAGCCGUGA